GGACACCAGAAGAAAAAGACAGUUAGGAGUUGGUGAAGCUACAGCAAGAUGCGCGUGUUUUCGCGCGCGGUACUGUGCGCGUGCGCGCUGGCGCUGGGCGGCGCAGUGGCGGCGUUGCCGCCCGCAACACUUGGCGACGUGGUUGCCAACGCCGCGACUAGCCUCAACAGUAUGAAGGUGACGGGAGCAUGGCGUCGCCUGUCGAGCACGGUGAGCGAGUCCGUGGGGCUGAAGCACGCGCUGCGGCGACUGCAGGCGGUGCCGGCGCGCGCGGCGCGGCUGGUGCACGCGCUGGUGGACCGAAUGCGCGUGGGCGGCGGCCCGCUCGUGUUCACGCAGCACGGUGCGCUGCGCGGCCGCCGUGUCGUGGCUAGGACUGCGCAGCAGACGCCGUAUUAUAGCUUCAAAGGCAUUAGAUACGCGCAGCCGCCGCAAGGCUCCCUGCGGUUCCGGCCGCCGGCGCCGCUGGAGCCGUGGUCCGGGGUGCGCGACGCGCUGGAGGAGGGCGCCGUCUGCCCGCACCGCUUCAUGCUCUUCGACACCUACAAGGGCGAAGAGGACUGCCUGUUCCUUAACGUUUACUCGCCUGCUCUGCCGGAUAAGCUCACUGGGUACAAUCCAAAACUGGCGGUGAUGGUGUGGAUCCACGGAGGCGCGUUCGCGGUGGGCUCUGGCAACUCGUUCCUAUACGGGCCGGACCACCUCGUGGGCGGCGGUGUGGUUCUCGUCACCUUGAACUACAGGCUUGGAGCGCUCGGGUUCUUGAGCCUGGGGAAUGAAGAGGUCUCUGGGAACAUGGGCCUUAAGGAUCAAGUGAUGGCAUUGAAGUGGGUGCGCGACAACAUCGAGCACUUUGGUGGGGACCCCAAUAAGGUUACUAUCUUCGGAGAAUCCGCUGGCGCCGCCUCCGUGCAUCUCCAUAUGCUAUCGCCAGCGUCGAAGGGUUUAUUCCAUGGUGCGAUAGCGCAAAGCGGGCUGGCGACAUCGCCGUGGGCGCUCGCGCACGACCCGUUGGAGCGGGCCUUCGAGCUCGGCCGGGAGCUCGGCAUCGUCACCAACAGCACGGCUGAACUGCUCGGAUACCUCCGAGCGACUCCAAGCGAACUGCUUGUAAAGGCUGGUGCGCGACUAGCGGGCGCGCCCGGCAAGACCGCCGACCUGGAAAACACUGUAGCACUGCCGUUCUUGCCCGCCGUGGAGUCUCAGGUGGCCGACGCGUUCCUGACGGAGCACCCGCGGACGCUGCUGCCGGGCGCCGACGUACCCUUCCUUACCGGCUAUAAUGCGCAGGAGGGCAUCUUACUUUUCAGGCGUCUCCAACGUUACCCGAAGUUGCUAGGCGAGCUGGACCGCGAGUUCCGACGGGUGGUGCCGCCCGAGCUACUGCGCGACCCGGCGCGCGCGCUUAGCGUCGUCGACGGCAUCCGCGCCUUCUACUUCCAGCAGCGGCCUGUUGACGUGCGCAACAUCGACAGCCUGAUAGACCUGUUCACCGACGUGAUGUUCCUGCGCCCGCUGUUAGACACGGUCCGCCUUUACGCCAACAGCACCCGGUCUAGCCCCACCUACAUGUACCGGUUCGCGUUCGACGGAGCCCUGGGGCUCUUCAAGCGCAUGCUGGGCAUCAGCCACCCCGGCGCCUGCCACGGCGAUGAGAUGGGCUACCUGUUCUACUUCUCGAGGCUCAACUACAGGCUGGACGAUGAUUCUCCCGAGCUAGCAGUGUCUAGACGGAUGGUGCAAUUGUGGACUAAUUUCGCUAAAACGGGGAACCCGACUCCUCCCGUGGACUACGAGUCAGUCGUGGACUUCACAUGGCUACCGGUGAACGAGACAGCUCACAUCAACUACCUGGACAUCAACAGCAACUUUACAGUACUGGAGGACCCCGAGGCAAAGCGCGUGCGCUUCUGGGACUGGCUUUACGAGAACAACUCGGCGGCCAAGUCUUGAACACCGGAAGACCACUGACUAUAUAGUGUUCAGUGUUUAGUGCGGACGCGAACAGUACCGUGGCGCACAACAAGGACGUGAAAGACCAGUGAUCUCAAUUCGUGAUGAGUGUGACACGUUAACAGAACUUCCUAUCAUCAUCGGAUGAUCAUGAGAAACUUUUGACAGAGCUCCAUCCCAUUUUCGGAUGGAAGUGGGGUAUCGAGCUUCUGAGUGUUGUAAAUAUUGUUGUAUGUACCAAUUGUACUUAAUUUAUGUCUUCGUAACUACCUUAUUGUUCAUGUUAAUGUUUGCUACUUAUAAUUACAAUUAGCUAAUCUUGAAUUGUAGCUAUAAAAUAAACGUAAACAAAAUUUGAUGAUUUAGAUAACGUAACCUCC